GAUGGGGGGAUUGCGAGCCCCAAGCGGGGAGCGCGGCCGCCUGGACGAGCUCCGGGGAUGGCUGGGCGAAGGAGUGGCGGUGCGGCCGAUAUCGUGGGGGCUGGGGAAGGGGUUUGCUGAGGGAUUCCGAGUGGAGGCAUGGCUGCAGCGGCGUCGCUGCCCUGGUUCUGGGAAGACGCCAUUAUUGGGUCCGGUGCUGCGGGCCCGGCUCGUUCGCUGUCCACUGGGAACUGCCUAGAGCAGCAAACCAGACUGGCUUGCAGACAAACAGGGCGCGAUGCAGUGGUUGGUUGGUUAUCCCGACUAAUAGGGCCGAAGCGAGCGAGGGCUGACAAGAGCGCUGGGUCGUCGACUUGGAUGCAGGAGCGGCCAAAACGAUCUGGUGUGCUGCGCAACACAGCAGCGAGCAACGCACAAGCGGAUGCAGGCAACGCUGGAUCAAGCAACUGGGGAAGCUGUGGUACACCUCGUGCUCGGGCUCGGGCUCAGGCUCAGGCUCCAGCUCGAUCAGGCCCAGAGUUUCGUGCUCUGGGUCGGUUGGUUGGGUCGUGGCGAGGCGCGGAUUGGAUCAGCCGCUCGUUUACGCAAAUGGCGCAAAUCCGUCUGGGUCGUGGCAGCCAAUGCGGGUGCGAUAAUAUGGCGAUGCAAGGCAGUUGGCGCAAUGGAUGGCCCUCCGUAGGAGUUCGGUCGGGUUUGUGGACGCUGUCGAGGGUUGCGAGUGUUGAGAUAGAAAUGCGGUGUCCAGGGAGAGGGUGCUGCAGUUGAUGAGUGGAAUCAACCCUCAUCAAUGACAAUGACCCCUCCACGAGUUACAGGUACACGUGUAGGCGCCCAAUCCAGGUUCCAGCGGCUCCCCUGAUUGCGUCGGCCCGGCCAAUGGCCGAGGCGGGUUGGGUCAAGGUCCAGGUGGUUCUCACCAUAGGUGGACGUUGGAUUUGGUGGACAAAGGCCUUUGCUGCCCUGGGCUUGUUGGUGGGGGCCCAGGCAGGCAAGAACGAAAGCAAAUCACUGGACGGAGAACCCGAUUGGAGCUCUGGGGAGAGAUCCCAGCGAGUCAGAAACCUUACCUGGAAAGUACAGUACGGACAGGGCAGCGAGCAUCGGGCGGCUGCUUCCAAACAAAUGAAAAAACAACACAAGGG